ACAACCAUUUGAACCAUUUGAACCUGGCGCGUUUUUCAACUGGUAACUGACGAGCCGGUCGGUCGCACCCUAACAAUUUUCUGGUUUGUUCAUCUUGAGCCAUCGCCUGGCACAUAGUGAUCUCUUCACUUCAGAGGUAUUUGGUCUCGAAAUAACAAUACAGUAAAUCGGUUUAUUUAUCAAUGGUUGGCGACUGUGAGACUUCCAUCUCAUCAAUUAUUCUACUCCGUGUUUUGUGGGGACGUAAUGAUUCUUUUACUUUUGGGACUUUUAAGUUAAAUAAACAACUUAUACAUUCUUUUGUAUGAGGAGCAAAAAGAGCCGUCAUAAAUUAGCCGCUCUCAACUUUCUAUCCAAUAUUUCUCUUGAUGGGAGACAUGAACAUAAACCUAAUGGAAUUGGCUAUCACUCUUCUGUCCCGUACAUUUUCAGUGCUGGACAAAAUGGCACAAAAACUUCUCCAGUUAACUCUUCUUAUGAGCAGCAAGUUAGUGAUACAUUUCAUGAAAUAUCUGAAGAAUCAGUACCAACCAAGUUUUCGGGAGUACCUGAAAACAUCUUAAGUUCGGUGACAUGUGCCCAGAAUUAUGCUUUAUGCAAUAGUUUCGUGGACACGCAUCUACAAAGCAAUAGAUCUCAAACAUUUUCUAAGGUUUCUAUUUCAAAUGUCUCCUCUUUAUAUGUUACAGAUGUGCAACUGGGUAGUGAAAAGUAUGUUAAAUUUUAGCCACUUUUCUUUAUUUAUAAAAUCUUUUAAAUCUUCGAUACAGAUUAAUUUUUGUCAUAUUUCUCAACUAUGUUUUAAACUGCUCCCAACUAUGUGGUUAUGUUUUCACCUUAAUCUCACCCUGAAUAGUAUAUUCGUUGUUAGUUAAUGUACUAAUUAUUCACCUAAUUGUCCCUGAAUGUAAUCACGUGUAUGUGUAUGUGAUCGUUAAUCUAAUUCAAUUAAUUGUAAUUUAUGGCUAUCAUAUGUGUUCAGUCAGUACGUCGAAUUGUGGCUCAUUAUAAUAAGCCCUCAGUUCACAACCACUCGGUCUUCGGUACAUUUUUGCUUCUUUUUUUAACAGGUGUAGUGCAUAUAUAAUCCCCAAAUAAUCCUUGUGACUCAAUAACCAAUACACAUAUAUGUACUUGACCACUGAACUGUAUUACUUGUAGGUGCAACUAAUAAUCUUUGCAAAAUAUUAAUCAAUAAUAAGUUGACGUACUUAACUUUUAGCUACUCCUAUUAAUAUUCUGUCUAGUUCCCCAGAUAAGAAUACACUGAGCGGAGAAUGGAUCUGUGUUUAUGUAGUCAGAAGUUGAGUAUUAAAACUGCCAAGUCACACUUGCAGUUCCAUUGUUGUUACUGUCAUUACUUCCCUAAAAUAUAUCAUAAGUCGUGAAUUAUGUAUGCUAGAAGACAAGAAAACUUCACCGAUAAAUCAUCGAACAAACUGUCAGUCACUACUGAUUCAUCUAAUCGAAUCACUGAAAUGCAACCUAAGACUAAUUUUAAAAUUAAACUAUCUCAUGAAUCUGGUAAUAUCAGUUUGGAAGACAUAAAAGGACUGUGUAAAAUGAAUCCAAAAUCAAUGCAAACUAAUGCGUUAUCCAUAAUUUCCAAACGAAUGGCAUUAAGCCCCCUAGGUGCUAGUGGGAAACCAGUUACUUUGUUUUCAGUUUUACCAUAUCAUCGUAAAACAACAGGAUCUCACUUCAGAGUUGGACGUCGUCAUAUCCUUCCUCCCAGUUCCCACAAACUUUCUUCAGGUGUGCAACAGUUUCAGUCUCCCGCAAGUUCAGCCCGCCUACCACAGACUUCUAUAUCCACCGGUGUUACACAUGUUAAAGAUCUUAACCCUCAAUCCAAUUUUGUUCAUAAUGUGUUAAGUCUUAGCUCGUUUCGACCUGUUAAUGGUGAGACUAUUUCAUAUGCUCAUUUCAUUCAACCAAAUUGCCAAUUGUCAAAGAAUACUGUAAAAGUUGGGCAUCCAAUCGAUAUUCUACUAAAUUCAGGUUUCAGAUCAAAUUGUGAUUCGUUUACUCAUUUUCACGAAGCUUCUGCUAUACUUAACUCGAAUUAUUCUCGACGUAGCUUCUUGAGUAAUUCUACAGUAAUCCCUUCGUCUAAUACACAUUGGCAUCAUUCUACGACGUCAUUCAAUAGGCAACGCAAUCCUAGUUCAAGCAGUACAAAUUGUAACGUUUUUGGUUAUCCAGAUCCAUUGAUAAGUUAUAACCCAUUUCUUUUGGAUGAUCCGGAAUUAUUAGUUUCAACAGGGAAACGUGUAUUAAAACUUCCGAACUAUUUGACUAGUGUUUUGGGAUAUAUUCGACCGAAUGAACGUAAGCGUGAAGUCAAUCGACAAUUCCAUGAAAGAUUUCCAUCAAUACAAAUAACAUUAACGAAGUUGCGUAGCAUAAAAUUAGUGUUGGUACAAAUUGCUCAACGCUUGUCUAUGGACCUAUGGAUUGUUGCACAUGCUCAUGUGCUUUUCGAAAAAUUAGUACUCAAGUUGUUUUUAACAAAAUUGAAUAGAAGAUUAUGUGCUUCAGCUUCACUCUUGAUCAGUGCGAAACUGAAUGAUGUAAAAGGUUCACAAUUAUUCGGUUUACUUCAAGAAUUGGAGACAGCUUUUCGUAUCUCACGUCGUGAUUUAAUCAACACAGAAUUAGAUGUUGCAUUAGGUUUAGAGUUUUCUCUAAUUCCAUCUGAAUAUGAAAUUCUACCACAUUAUCAAAGGUUAUAUAAAAGUUUGAAUUUAACUUUACCAUUUCUACCGGUUGUGCUAACCACGAAUAAUACUAUUGGUGUUAAUUCUUGUGUUGUUACAUCGAGUAAUAUAAAUAAUAAUAUUCAUGAUGAUGAUAAUAAUAAUGUUAAUAAUAACAAUGUUAUUUGUACAGUGAAUGCCGAAAAUCAACCAUGUCUUGUAUAUACUGCUUCAUCAAAUAUUUGCAGCACACAAAUGAACCAUUCAGUUACAAAUUUAUCACUUAGCCAAUGUAAUCGUAUUGAAAUAUGAGUAUCUUACUAUCCUCAUGGUUGUUGUUCUUGAAAUAACCCCGAUUUUGGUAGACCUGUGUAUUUUGUGGACUGGAUUUAUCGAUCUCAUAUCUAGUGCGGCUCACUUUUCGCUGUCUUUUAGUGUUUAUUCUUUUAUUACUAUUAUGUCACAUUGUUUUUACUGUUGUCACCACUUAUUUAUACCGUAAUGGUGAUUAUCCAUUUUGGUUUAUCAAAUUUCUUCCUAGUUCCUUACUGGUUUUUUGUUUCUCGCUGAUACUUUUAUAUCUGAGUGGACAUAAAUUAUUGGUUUGACUAUAUCGGCUUAAGUGUGUUUUUGUUCUUUAUUUCACAUUACUCUUGUUAUUAUUUCUUGUUUCUGUUUUGUGAAUAUUUCAACGUAUUCAUGAGGAUGUACAAGGUUACUAAUAACUACAUUUGUGUGUUUUUCACAGUGUUCAUCUCAUGUACUUACAUACAAUUUUUUUCCUAUCGAAUAUAAAUUAUGAAUUAUUGAUGUAUUUACUCGUAAGUUGUAUACAUAAUCCAUAAUCUGUUAUCACAUGCUACAUAACAUAUUGGUGAAUAAAUCUUUCCAAUCGAA